AUGCAAUCAUAUCCGAUGUCCUCUCAUGUACCACCUCCGAAGGAUGUGCGGCACGACGAAGACGAUGCAAAAGUACCUGCCAGCGAUGCGUGGCUGCGAGAAACGCAGGCGCCGAAGUCUUCAAUCCUGGGCCACGGCGCCUUCGGCGACGUGGAGAGGUUUGCCAGGGCUCCAGGUUUGUGGUGGACUUCUUCCACCACUUCGUCGCAGCAGGUGACACUGGUGUUUGAGCUCCUGGAUGACCUGGUUGAGGCGUACGUCCACCGGAAGCUUUUUGGCAACCUCGCCUACGUCCGUUUGCACUUGGCUUGUGUGGCCAUGGGCCUGUCGCGCAUUCGCGAGAAGAACGUCCUUCACAGAGACAUCAAGCCGGCCAACCUCCUCCUCAAAAAGACGAGUGGCCAGCGCAAGAUUGCCGACUUUGGCCAUGCCAAAAUAACAUUCAAUGGGCGAUCUUCUUCGCAAGUCGGUACUCCGAACUACAUGGCUCCUGAAGUCGUUAAGGGGAGGGCUCACGGCAAAGAAGUGGACUACUGGUCCCUUGGAUGCGUCCUGUUUGAACUUUGCACUGGCGAGCUUCUAUUCACAGGCUCGCCAAGCGAAGCAUUCUCGGCGAUCAUGGCAGAGAUUCCCACCAGCACCUUGCACAAAGCGCAGGCCCUUUCUGUGAGUUUGCGGGCGGGCCCAGUGGGCGCCAGUUGGCAGUUUGUGUCCCGGGUUGCGCCGGUGGAUUUCGCUACUUUUGACUUUCUGAUUACUCUGGAAGCCUUCAGCCAGAGAGAGGUUCAAGGGGACUCCUUCUUAGAUCCUAGCCAUCUCGAGCCCUGCUUAGAAGUAGGCCGGAAGAUGCAGGAGGAGAAGAAGGAGAGCCGGUGUGAAUUCCAGGAGCUACUGGCAGCUUCCUUCGAUCAGUGGCACCCUUGCUACGUGUACCUGAAGCGCGCUCUAGACAUCCCCGUCAACAACAUGAUGGCACACCUUCCAACCUCUGAGCCCUGCUUGGUCAAUGUGGAAGAGCUCCUGAGUUUCCAGGAGAAAGCCCAGCGCCAAGACGAACACUGGAGCCGCAACCUCGGGGUGACUUGGAGACCUGAAGAGGCACAGGGCAGGUCGAAUCGGAAUGAUCUCUUUGACCCCGGGGUGCUAAGCGGCCUGCAGCGCCAUGCUGCAGCCAGAGAAGGCACCGACUUCAGCUUGGGAAUGAAGAGAUGCAAAGACUCGGCAGCCCUGGGAGUCUCCCCUGCUUUGAGUGAGGCAGACGGAUCUGGCUGCGUUGCUGAGAAGCCUUGCUGCGGCUUGAGAAGCAGGGUGAAAGUGUCCUUGAAGCAACAUGUCAGGAAAGAGUUCGUAAGGCCAAGAGCCAUGAUGGCAGACAUCGAAGCCAUCGUCAAAACUUUCAAAACAGACCCCUUGUUCAGCCCCAGUCGGAUAAUCCAGCGCAGGACCAAUUUGGGUUUGCAAGAACCUAGAAUCCGCGACUUCAUGGAGAAGACUCGCUUCAUCAAUUUGGGCACAUUUUGUGGAGUCGCCCAAGCCCUGCAGAGUCUUGGCUUGCGAGGUGCUGCUGGACCAUUCGAUUGGAUUCGCAGCCGCUGCGAAGGUGUUACGCAUCUGGUUGAUACGGGCUUCAAGGACAGAUGGGAAGGAAAUCUUUUGCAUGACAGCUGGGAUUUGCCACAGCAGGGACUUCAGCGUUGGAAGGAGCCGUUUGGAGACAUGUUGCGCGGCAAAUGGAGAAGCCAGUGGCACAAGCAGGUGGAAGCCAAUUUUUUCCAAUGGCGUGGGGUGGAUCCUUCUGGCACCACGACGUUUCGACAGAAGAGGCCCCGUGUCCAUGCACGGAUCUUGCAGUACAAACAUUGA